CUAUAUAAGACCCAGAUGCCAAGUAGAUCCCGUGAUAAGGGGUUAAGGGUUAAAGUUCACGAGCCAGCCAGCACAUAUCAGCUGGGGCACUCAUCAUCUCCUCAUUUCGUGCGAGUUGGUCGCUGGAAAACAAGGGCACAUCGAGCGCUACACACAGGUUGUCCACGCCACUAUGCGGAGCCCACGGGCUCUGCUGGCUUUAGCAGCCAUCUUCGUCCUCGCCCCUCCUGCCCUGGCCCUCGACUGCUCCCGACCCGCGUCGUGGUCGGUAGAUGGUGUGCGGCCGAUGGAGCAGUUGCGCGGCAAUGUGACGUUGGUGGCGCUGCUAAAGGCCAGCUGAUCCUUCUGUAG